GAUGGCGGCGGCUGCGGUUUGAAUUCCAGCGGCGCCGCCGGAGUCCCAACAAGAGCUGGGUUAGAGGGGGCGGGGACCUGGGGAGCCAGGCGGAUCGCGACAGCCAGGGGUACCAGUGGCGCCGUCGCCACAGACACCAAUGCCACCAUUGCCUCUGUGCCCAUGAUGGACUCGGCGUUGAAAGAGGACGUCACCCUCUCUGGGACGCUCAGCGGCUGCAGUAACCUUACUCCUACUUUCCCAGCUGACCUGGAUGGCAUCAGCACCUGCAUUGGUUUGGAAAAUGGAGCGCUCCCGCACAUGUUGGAAGAAAAGGUGUCUCCCACCAGAGUACGGAACAUGAAGGACUUUGAAAAUCAAAUCACCGAGUUGAAGAAAGAAAACUUUAACCUGAAGCUCCGCAUCUAUUUCCUGGAGGAGAGAAUGCAGCAGGAACUUGAUGUCCCCACUGAACAUGUCUACAAAACUAACAUUGAGCUCAAGGUGGAAGUAGAAAGUCUGAAGCGGGAGCUCCAGGAGAGAGAGCAGCUGCUCAUCAAAGCCUCCAAAGCCGUUGAGAGCUUAGCAGAAGGGGGUGGCUCUGAAAUUCAGCGGGUGAAAGAAGAUGCUCGGAAGAAGGUGCAGCAGGUGGAAGAUCUCCUCACCCAGAGGAUACUCCUUCUGGAAGGGGAUGUGAAAGCCGCCCAAGCAGAACUGGAAAAGGCCUUUGCAGGAACAGAAACAGAGAAGGCUCUUCGGCUGAGUUUGGAAAGCAAGCUUUCAGAGAUGAAGAAGAUUCACAAGGGGGACUUGGAGGUGGCCCUGGUCCUGGAAGAGAAAGACAGACUGAUUGAGGAGUUGAAGCUGUCUUUGAAGAGCAAAGAAGCUUUAAUUCAGUGCCUUGAAGAGGAGAAAUCUCAGAUGGCAUCUCCUGAUGAGGUUGUGUCAUCUGGAGAACUCCGAAGACUUUCUGCUGCUCUGAGGGAGGAAAAGGAGAGGGACACUGAGGCUGCACAAAUGGAGCAUCAGGAGAGAAAAUAUUUUGAAGAGAGGAUCCAGGCACUUCAGAAGGACCUGAGAGAAAAGGAAAGAGAAAUUGCUACAGAGAAGAAAAAUAGUUUAAAGAGGGAUAAAGCCAUUCAGGGCCUAACCAUGGCAUUAAAAUCAAAGGAAAAAGAGGUUGAAGACCUUAACUCUGAAAUCAAAGAGCUCAGUGUUGCCUUUGCUGAGGCCAGAGAGGCCCUGCAGAAAACACAGGAAGCACAGAUCCUGAAAUUCCAGGGCUCUGAAGACUACCAGGCUGCUCUGACCGAAAAGGAAGCCCUGUUGGCUGAGCUGCACUCAGAAAACCUCACCAAGACCUCCGACAACCACAGGCUGCGGAGGAGCAUGAAGAAGGUCACCCAGGAGCUGAGCGACCUGCAGCAGGAGAAGGAGAGGCUGGAGAGGGACCUGGAGGAAGCCCGCUGCGAGGGGAGCAGGGGAGCCCGCACCAUUCAGGACCUGAGAAAUGAAGUUGAAAAAUUAUGCAGUGAAGUCAAUGAAAGAGAGAAAGCAGUGGAGAAUCGUUACAAGAGUCUUUUAAAUGAAAGCAAUAAAAAAUUGCAUGAUCAAGAGCAAGUAAUCAGACAUCUGAUAGAAAGUGCCAAUCAAAAGGACCUGAUGCUUCAGAAAUUCAAUGAAAAAGAUUUGGAAGCAGUACAGCAGAACCAGUAUUUAAUGACUGCGGAGGAUCUCGAGUUCGGGAGCGAAGGCUUAAUAACAGAAAAGUGCUCUUCUCAACAGUCACCAGGCAGCAAGCUCAUCUUCUCUCAGGAAAAGCAGCAGUCAGAUUAUGAAGAGCUGAUGCAGGUCUUAAAGAAGGAGCAGGACAUCUAUACUCACUUGGUGAAGUCUCUGCAGGAUGCGGACAGUAUGGACGACCUGCAGGCAGAGUUGAACAACAUUUUCGCCUUGCGGAAGCAACUGGAACGGGAUGUGCUAAUGUAUCGAAAUUUGCAGAAGAGCCUGAUGGAGCAGAUGAGCGAAAUUCGGAGGCGGGAAGAAGAACAGUUUUCAUUUUAUAGUGAUCAAACGUCUUAUCUAAGUAUUUGUCUUGAAGAAAACAGUCAGUUUCAAGUGGAGCAUUUUUCUCAAGAAGAACUUAAGAAAAAGGUCAGUGGCCUUAUACAACUGGUGAAGGAACUGUAUACAGACAACCAGCAUCUGAAGAAAACCCUCUUUGAUCUCUCCCAUGUGGGUUUCCAGGGAAAUGCUAGACUUGAGUCAACAGAACAAACAGAGCUUCUAGCUAGCAAGGAGGACAAGGACACGAUCAAAAUUGGAGAGGAUGACAAGAAUAAUUUCCAGAAUGACCAGCAUUUGGAGCAGAGUAAUGAGAUCACUGAGGACUAUGCCAAAUUGGGCGGCAAAAAUGGAUAUUUAAGACACACAGAUUCCAAUAUUUCAGACUACGAGGGAGCCCACAAGCCUGGCCACCCUGGAGACCAGAGCCGAGAAGCAGGGGAGCUCUUAGGUCUGCUUGCCCCUCUCCUACACGAGAAGGCCGCAUUGUCCCUGGAAUCCAGGCCAGACCUUCUGAAAAUGCUAGGUGACCUGCUUCUGGAACGAAUAUGCUUGGCAGAACAGGGAGUUUCUGGAAAACUUCUUGAUGGUAAAACUGAGAAGACUCUUCAGCAAAUGGCUGUUCAGCAAAGAGGUGAACGUGGACGUUUCCUCCAAGCCAACUCAUUCUCCAAGCCACCUGACGAACAGAAGUUGAGUUGGGGUCAGCUGUCAAAGAUGGGCCAAGUGGCCAAGGUGGAGCUCAAGGAUGCCUCAGUGCAGACUGUGGCCGAGGAUGGCGACCCGCUCAGGUUCAGACACGGAGGAGAGAAGCCAGCAGGCACCAUGUUCAGCACUGAGCCUCAGCCAGAGACCUGGUGCAGGACACCAGGGCAGCAGGCCUCUCCCCUCUCCUGCCCCCGGGCAACCCACAAAGAUGCUAAGAAGUCCCGCUUGCCCAUCCUCAUGAAGACAUCCCGGUCAUUAGGAAGUAUGUAUCAUCUCCCCACCACCCAGGGGGUGACGUCUCAGCUACAGGGCCAGGUCCUAGAGCUGCAGAGGGAGCUGAAGGAGUUUAAAACUCGCAAUAAGCAACUGCACCAAAAGUUGAUUCUGGCUGAGGCAAUAAUGGAAGGGCGGCCAGCGCCCGACCCAACGCUGCUGAACGUGCCUGCAGCUCAGCCCCUUCUGGGAGCAGCCUACCAGCAGAGCCCAGAAGAGCAGCUGGGAACUGCAGCCACGCCCUCUGCCCAGAAAGACAAGGAGGUGGACACCAGCCAACAAGCAAGCUACAGGACCGAUCCUGAAAUUUGUCUGCCUGAUGACCUUGCCAUGUUACCAACAUGCAAGGAGAAUCCUGAAGAUUUUCUGGGCCCAGCAUCAGUAGCUACUUACUUGCGUUCUAAGAGUCAACUUUCUGUUAAAGUUAAUGUGACUGAGACUGACCAGUCUGAGAACAUCAGUUCCUCAAAUAAUAUGGAAAACUUAAAACAGAAAAUCCGUGACUUGGAAGCUGAGCUGGAGGGCUACCGGAAUUUCAUAUUUCAGCUUCAAAAGCACUCCCAGUGCAGCGAGGCCAUUAUUACAGUUUUGUGUGGGACAGAAGGGGCCCCAGAUGGCUUGAACAAGCCCAAGGGCAGUGCUGAUGAAGAAGAAAUGACCUUUUCCAGUUUGCACCAAGUACGAUAUGUGAAGCACAUGAAAAUCCUCUGUCCUCUGGCCCCAGAGAUGAUUGAUGGCAGGAUGCUAGAGAGCCUCAAGCGGCAGCUACUGGACCAGGGGGAUGAGUUGCAGAAGGAGCAGAAUUUGAACUUGGAACUGUUCAGUGAAAUCCAUAACCUGCAGAAUAAGUUCAGAGAUCUCUCACCCUCAAGAUACGAUUCAUUAGUUCAGUCCCAAGCCAGGGAGCUGUCCCUUCAGCGGCAGCAGAUUAAGGACAGCCACGGCAUCUGUGUCAUGUACCGUCAACACGUGAACACCAUGAUUAAGGCAUUUGAGGAGUUGCUGCAGGCCAGCGACGUGGAUCACUGUGUGGCCGAGGGCUUCCAGGAGCAGUUGAAUCAAUGUGCUGAACUGCUGGAGAAAUUGGAAAUGCUGUUUCUCAACGGAAAAUCAUCUGGAGUGGAGACGAGUCCCCAGAUUGAGCCGAUGGAGAGGACUGAGGAAGACAACAUAGACUACCAACGGAUUCUGCCCGAGUCUCCUGAGCCUUUCUCCUCUCGUGCGCUGUCUGAUGAUGAAAUGUCCGAUAAGUCCUUCCUCUCUCGAGACCAGAAGCAAGACAGUGAGUCUCUGCGGACCUCAGUCAUGGCCGACCGUUUUUCUCAAGACUUACUAAUGGAACACAUACAGGAAAUUCGAACUUUGAGAAAACGUUUAGAAGAAUCUAUUAAAACAAAUGAGAAGCUACGGAAACAGCUGGAACGGCAGGGGUCUGAGUUUGAUCAAGAUAAACAGAAAGAGAAUGAAAAAUUACGAGAGUCCCUCUCCAGGAACGUGGCGAGCCUGGAGCACCUGCGGCAGGAGCACGCGGCUGCGAGGGGAGAAAACGAGAGGCUGAGGAAGGAAGUCAGCGAGAGGGACGUGCUCAACCAGCAGCUGAGCCAGGAGCUGGGCAGGGCACAGGAGGAGGUGAAAUGGAGGCAGCAGCUGCUCUGGCAGAACCACAAGUUGCUCCAGUCCCUCCGUGUGGAGCUGAAGGUGUACGUGAAGCUGGAUGAAGAGCACCAGAGGCUGCGGCGAGAGGCUGGAGCAGAGGCAGCAGAAAGCUGGAAGGGGCAGGAGCCUCUCAGUGACCUGCAUGAGCUCCUGAAAGAGAUCCAGGCUCUGCGGGCACAGUUGGAAAUGGGCAUCAAAACCAACAGCACCUUGCAGAGCAAGCUGGAGGAGCAGCUGGCACAGGGGCUGAAGAAGGCCCAGGAAGGAGCCCUCACUGUGGCUGUCCAAGCCCUGUGUGUCCCUGAGUGGUCCCUUCAGCUAGACAGACACGGUGGUGACAAAUGUCCCAUGGCAAGCAGUCAUUCCUUUGACCUGUUUGAUUCCACCCUGGCUAUGAUGCCAAAGUCAGCUUCAGAGACUCCUCUGUUCUCUGAAAAGGACACAGACUCCCUCUCCUGCAACAGUGGUAGCUCUGUAACCAGCACCCCUUGCCUGCCCCACCUGGCUGCUCGCCAUUGCCUGUGGGCCAGCAGGAGUGGCCACCACAUCCUGGGCCUGAUCGAGGACUAUGACGCGCUGUGUGAGCAGAUCCACCAGGGACAGAGGCUCCUUGCUGAGAUGGACAUGCAAACCCAAGAGGUUUCUAGCCCCUCAAGUCCAGAGCUGGAGACAAAGGGUCUGCACUCGCCGCCUCUGAGCAAGUUUGUCUGCAGCGUGACCACGGCCAGGCUGAUCCUGGAAGAGGCCUCAAGGUUGCUGAAGCUCCUCUGGAGAGUUUCGCUCCCCACGGAUGGCCAGUGUACCCUUCACUGUGGGCAGAUUGGAGAAAUGAAAGCAGAGAUCACCAAACUACAUAAAAAAUUGUUUGGACAAGAAAAGAAGUUGCAGGACACCAUGAGUCUUUUGCAGCAGAGCAAGCAUCAGGAAAAAGUCAUCUUUGACCAGUUGCUUGUAACCCACAAAGUCCUUCGGAAGGCCAGAGGAAACCUAGAGCUGAGGCCCGGGGGUGUCCAUCCAGGAACGUCCAGUCCCAGCAGACCCGGCUCCUGAGGACUUGAAGCCAAUAAAGCUUGUGGCCCCAAGAUCACGCGUCUCUGUUCCAGCUGAGGCUUCUGGCGACUGAGGGAGGAGGGGAGAAAGGGCUGCGUGGCUGAGGAAAUCUCUUUCCCUCGGUGUUUUCCAUUCGCGCUGGCUCAUGGUUGUUGCCACAGGGGUUCAGGUGCUCUGCAGUGAGCGAGAGGCCUUGAGCUCCCGGAGGCUGGGCGCAGUGCUGGGCUCCUGUCCGCCACAGCGUGCUUAGCUCUCGCUGGCUCUGCUGUUCCAAGAGUCUCCUUAAAUGAUUCAUUUCAUUCCAAGGGGAUGAUUCAGUCAUUUUGUGUGGAGCCUCAAAGCCUGGGCCCCCAGCUCCCAGGUCUCGGGAGUCGUUGGUCAUCAGGUCUCGUGCUGAACCACUCAGGUCUCGAGAGAGGAGUGCUCCAUGCAGCGUGGCUGUGGAACUGUGCCCGCUUCCUGCAGGCGCUCAGCUUCUCGGUCACCUGAGGAACAGCCUCCGAGGUGGUGCUGUUCCGACUUAGGAAGGAGCAAAGUAAGACUGGGACUGGGCAUUUGCACUGCCCUGGUGAUGACAGGGACCUGUCUACCCAGCUGUCCUCAUUGCUGCCUGGGGUCCUUGCUUGCUGCAGCCCUGUCAUUGACCCUCAUGCUUAGGAACAGGCCUGAGCAGCACGGUGUCCCUGAGAAGUAAACGAAGCCGGGCCCAAGCCUGGCCCUGGGCAUCUCCUGGAGACUGUGGCAGACUCGGCCUCCAGCCGUGCUUUGACGUGUUUCUCUGACGCCUGGCCUUGCUCUUCCUGUCUCAGAGCCCCUGCCAGUGGGAGCCCAGGCAGGAAGCACCUCUACCCCUGCUCGCGCCAUUGCUCUGGGCACUUGAGUGUCCGUUUGGAUGACCUGCAGUUUGCUUGCCUUCUGAAGGCACUCAUGCUGACAUUCAGCCUCUGGCCAUAGCUUCCUGUGCCUCCAGCUCCCAGCUGCCUCAUCCCCCUUGUGUCCUGACCUCUUGGAGUUUCUCAUCUCUGGUCCUCGACCUCUUCUCCUGUCUCUUGGCCCCUUUCUAGCCUUCAGUUCCUUUUCUGUCCAGUUUCUUGAAUCUUGUCCCCAUGCCCAGAUUCCUUCUCUGCCCUGCAGCAGCUGAGGUGCUGAGAAAGUAGUGCCUCCUCCCACUCAGUACCCAUGGGUGGCCUCCCACCACCCUCUGGUCCAAGCCCAGGUCCCUGAAGCAUUCACCCGGGCCCACGUCUGACCCCUGCUGAUGCCCCUGGCCCCUUUCGUUCCACUUCCUUGCAUUCCCGCCAGGCCCAGGUGUAGCCAACCAUCUCCAGCUCCCUGGUGGGGUCUUGCCACUCCACCCAGCCCGACCAGGGUGCUCUUUUUGAAGUGCCCCUCCUACCCUUUCUCUUUCCAUCUAGCUGUGAGUGGUCUUUCAGAACUCUUUCCCCCUUUGGGGAGCCUCUCCUGACCACCGAUGCUCCUGACGCCCCUCCUCUCUGCUCCUGCAGCCCCCACAGCUGUUGCUCCCUGUUCGAGAACCUCCCUGAGCUCCUGCAGGCCUGGUACACAGCCGAGCAGGUGAGACCAGUCCCUGGGAGAGACUGGAUCUGAAGAGGCUGCCUUACUGACUCCACUGCUCAGUCCAGGGCAGCUUCAGACACCCCCAGCAGUCCUGCCCUGGAGUCCUUGGAGCCACGGGGGGCUGUGGUGGUCUGGAUCACUCUGCCUUCACAGAACAGCUAAGCGCAUUAGCUUAUGAGUGGUGGAGUUGGACCUUGAUCCCUCCUGUCCUUCCAAACCCCAGACUGGCUUCUGCUACCCGCCCAGCUGCUCAGAUGCAGUGAUGCUCAGCUGGAGGCAGAGGGAGCAGAGCCCAGGGGAGCCCAGGAGUGGGCCUUACCCCAGGCCCCCUGCUCUCCACUGAGUGAGGGGCUGGGGCAAGAGGUGGGAGAGCACCCUUCCUGCGGGGUUCCUGUCAUCUGCUCUUCCUGCACAGCCACACCAUUUUCAUACUUGCCCGUGUGUGAAGACUCAGGUUUAGGCAUAGUGUCACGUGGAGUUUCUUUUCCAAGAAGUCACACCAUGGACUUGCCGUGCAGAAGCUUGGUCAGCAGGAGAGCAGGCGGCUGGGUCCUGUCCCCAGCCUCCACACCUGUCAGAUGGGGCUUACCCUUCUGCCCAGUCCUGAUGGCAGAGUUGAUGAGAGCCUCAGAAUUUAGAAGUGACCGAACAGUAACAUCCUUGUCAAAAGUUAAUGACUCUUCAGUAUCUCUCCGUGGCUGGGCCCAAGCAAGUUUUUAAAGUAUUAUUUGAAGUUUCUGUGUCAGGUGUGCACAAAGGCAGUGUGUGUGUGUGUGAAUGGGCAGAGGCGGGGUUGUACCAGUGUAGUGGUUAGCGCUCAGGCCAGGCUUGAUGUCAGACCUGGCUUCAGAUUUACCCAUGGGGAACAGUACCACCUUGCCUAGCUCGUGGUUAGUGCACAGCCCAUGGGGCCUGAGCUGGGCUGCUCUGAGGAAGGAACCUCUGGUGUGUCCUGCCUGGAUGCUGACCCAGGGUGCCAGGAGCACGGCCUGCAGGGCAACCUGUAGGAGCCCAGUGGCCCUCUCUUCAGCUCACCACGGGUUUUCAGGAUGUGGUGAUCAAAGCAAACGUGCUUUUAUUCCUUAGCUUAAAAUAGUCCCAGCCUUGUUCCAGGGAAGGCCCGCCCUCUUCUAGGAGGUAGUGGAGCAGACGGUUUGGGCUGGAUUAGGGCCAAGAACAAAUUCUGCAAAUAAGGACAAUUUGGACCUUGGGAAAAGCUCCAUUGUCCCUGGUGAGUUAAUUUCACCAGCAGCUGAAUUCAGGAGACUCCUGAGCAGCAAUCAGAAAAUGCGUCAAUUUCACGUCCUCAGCAAAAUUAAUUACCACGUGUGCAGCACACCUGAGAGAAACAGCUGCAGGGGCUAAAUAUGGAGAGGAGAGGAGAAGGAGAGGUGGAGGCUCCACUUGGCCCACCUUGGGAGUGGUGCUGUGACCUCGCUUCUGAACCUUCCCUGCCAAGAGGUAAAGGGCAAGCUCCUGGCCCCCCAGGCGGCCUCAGCCUGGAUAGCAGUGGCCACCUCCCCCUGCCCUGUGAUCAGCUCUUUAGUCUGCUCGCCGCCUCCACCAUUUCACAGACGAGGAAACUGUCACUCAGAACCUGUUCUCUGAAUCUUCCUGCCCUCUAGAUUAUUGUCUGUUUGAAACACUGCAGCCCUGCCCUACAUUACAAAGGGCAGUGUCCCCACCUGCCCUUUCCCGCUCGGUGUCUCUGAUAACCAGAGCAGGCACCCAGAAACCCACAGGUGAAUUCCCCCACACAGUAGCCUGGGAACUGCUUGUGAAUAGCCCGAGGACAGAAAAAGAGUGAUCUUGUUACUAUGUUCUCAGCCUCGCAGAGGCCAAGAAACCUGCCCGGGGAUCCUAGCCUGCCAAAUAGCCUCUCCAAUCUUGGCCAUAUUUUAUGUCUAACUCAAAAAUUCAGUUAUCAAGAUGACUCAUCCCAUCUCCUGAGGAGCAGGCUCUGUCUCAGGGGCCAGAUGUGUUUACCUCUGGCCUCAGUGGAGCCUUCCCAGCUGGAUCUGCUUGUUGCCAGAGGGCCGGCCAUGGGCAGAUCCACAGACCCAGGGGUCUGUCCUGGGCCUCAGGAGGUGCCUGAAAAGACCAAGCCUCAGUUUCCUCAUUUGCAAAGUCAUGAGAUAGGGAAAGAUAAGGACAUGUAAUGGCCCAAGGUGAGGCCUAAGCUUCAGCCCAGGCCCAGGGCUUCGUUCAUGUCUGUGAGAGCCCUGCCUCCAGCCAGCAGCUCGUCCCUCACCCUCUGUGUUCUGUCUGCCUUCAGGGCCACUUUAUCUCCCAAAGCCAUUGCUUCAUCCAGAUUGCCAUCAGCUCCCACCUGGACUACUUCCUGCAAUAUGGGAACUCCCCACUUCCACCCAACCCCUCUCCAGAUAUCCCCAGGCCACGGGUAGAGUGGCCUACAAUGCAGAGCCAACCUCGUAGCCCCAGGGUCGGCACGGAAAGCCUGCUCACCAGGCUGGUUCAGGCCCCGCUGCUGCCCUCAGCCUUCCUCCCCGGCCCCGGCCUCUGCACGCUGCCCCCGGCCCGCACCUCUCACCCUGCUCUCGUGCUGGUGGCUCCUACUCAUGUUCCAGAGCCCAGUCAUUGGUCUCCCCCAUCAGAAGGGGCCCUAAUGCUGACAUUUGGUGCCGGCUGAGUUGGCCUCACUGGCAUUUGGCCACCAUGGGUAUGAUUUGGGGCAGCGAUGCCUCUUCCUGUCACUAGCCUGAAGCUCUGUGAGUGCCCAGCCCUGGCACCUGGCACAGGGCCAGCCAAUACAUCAUUCAGCCAGCUUUCUCAGCCACUCGCACCUCCCACAAGAGCAGAAGAGACAAACCAUGGUGCUAAGAGGGAACACUUGCCUGGGGUCCUGUGAGCAGGUGGCGUUGGGAACCUUACCACGUGGUGGUCCUCGUGCCAGCUCGGUGGGGAUGGAACUGCCAUUUUCAGAUGAAAGAUGGAAGCAGAGCCACCCGCCCUGAAUCACAGGGCCAGGAGCUGGGAGUGGUGUUCCAGCGGAGCCUGCAGGUGCCCCGGGCCCAGGUGGGGCCGCCCUCAGUGCAGCUCGGCCUGGUCAGUGCUGGAGUGCUGGGCUGUGCAGGUGCACGGUUUGCAGUGGCGGAGCGUCUACUUUGGCAUGCUGCCUGCCCAGCAGGGUUGUGCCAGGGACCCGAAGCCUGGCCCUGUCCUGCUUGGCCCAUCUCUGCUCCUCUCUCGGCCUCCAUCUCCACCUUCAGUGGAAGGCCGAGUUGGAACCGCCUUUAGCUCAUCAUUUUCAGCCUGUCCGCGCCUUCCCUGCUCUUCAGCAGUGUCCACGUUGACUCCUCCGUGGGGAGGCCUCUGCCGUGGCCUGGCCCAGAGGCAGCACUGGUGUGGCGAGUCCGUGCCCCUGGGUCUGUUGACAGCUGCACGGUGGUCCCCAGCACCUUCCCCCGCGCCCCUCGAGUGCUGUCAUCAGCGUGGCUGUUAGCUGGCGUUCACGCUGGAGCUUAAUUACAUGUUUGCAGGCUUGAAAAGACACUCUAUUUGUAUUAACGCCACUUCCUCGUAAACAGAACAAUGUGGUCCCAGCUCAGUUGGGGCAGGGGACGACGGGCUGGCAGGCACAGGGAAGCCGAACAGGGUCACCCUGGACUCCUCCUCCUCAGCUGAAAUGACAGUGGGGUCGGAGGCCAAAGAUAGGUGACCAGGCCACAAGGUUCCCUGGGGGCGGGGCCAAUGGCCAGGAGUCCAGCGGGAACCCGUGUGAGAGAGGCCUGAGCAGGUGGGCGGUGGCUCAGUACUGAGCGCAGGAAGGGGUCUGAAGACUCACGGGUGCCAGAUCCACUUCCAGCACCUGCAUGCCCCUGAGUCGAUCCCAGGCGGAUGUUGGGGCAGCCCACAGGUGAUUGCUCCGUCGGGCUCCGGGAAGAGGGGCUCCUAACAGCCUUGGAGGUGAACGGAGGGUGUCCUGUGGUGACCCUGGGUGAGUGGUAAAGGCCACCUGGGCAUUCGUGGGGAGAGCAGGUGAAGAGGAGGGGGCGCCAGGCAGAGGAUGGAGCUGGUAAAGGUCUGCAUCUGUGCCCUGGAUCUGGCUGGGGUUAGAAUCCACUCAGCCAUGCUGGCAGGGCCUUCGGUGGCACCAUGGGGCAAGCAGGCUUCAUCCAGGGAUGCAGGGAAGAGCCUAGAAAGAUGGCGUUGGGCAAGGGGCAGGCCUGGAGGCAAGGCUGUGGUGGGUUCGAGACACCCAGGAGGACAUGCCCUGGGGU